CCAAGGUCGCUCCUCUCCUCUCCGGAGCAGCGCGCAGGGCAGGUCACUAUCUGCCGGGAGAGAGAGGUGAUGUCCCGACAGGCAGCACCGGGAUCAGACCGCUGGGACAAUAUGAGUGGAUGUUAAGUUUCUGUGGCGCGUUCAAGGCGCAACAAGCUCGUGUUAUGUUCGGACUGAGCGCAACCAAAGUGGGAGCCGAUGAACAGCGACGGGAGCGCGGAGGAUGCGUUUCUCUCACCGCAUAUAGAGCUGGUUAUGUUUUAAAUCAACUUCAAAUGUAGCGAGGGACUACUUUCUUCUCCUUCACACAAACAGAAACUUUUUUUUUUUUUUUUGACUCGGACCGGAGAUGGAGCCGGAGGAGGGUAAGAUCUCCGUUUGGGUCUGCCGGGAGGAGAAGCUCGUCUCCGGGCUGACCAAGCGGACCACCUGCGGGGACGUUGUCAAAGUCCUGCUGGAGGACCAGAACCUGCAGCAGGGCGCCUCGGCAGCGAUGCUGUCCGGCUCCCCGCAGUCCUACUGCGUGGUGGAGAAAUGGAGGGGCUUCGAGAGGAUUCUGCCCAACAAGACCAAAGUCCUCCGGCUGUGGGGCGCCUGGGGGGACGAGCAGGAGAACGUGCGCUUCGUCCUGGUCAAGAACGAGGCGUCGCUGCCCAACAACGGGCCCCGCAGCGCCGAGGCCCGGGUGGUCCAGAGCCGGGAGAGCGGUGGCCCGGGCGGCGGGCUGCGGGGCACAGCCAAGACCUGCUGGACCGCCGCGGCCACCGCAGCCAACCUGUCCCAGGAGAAACAGAGACGCAUAGUCAGGAAGGCUUUCAGGAAGUUGGACAAGAUGAACAAAAAGAAAGAGCAGACUGUUUCUAAGGACAAGGGCUCCGCGGAGAAGAUGGAGACGCUGGUUCACCUGGUGAUCUCCCAGGACCACACCAUCCGCCAGCAGGUCCAGAGGAUCAAGGAGCUGGACCGGGAGAUCGAGCGGUACGAGGCCAAGGUGCACUUCGACCGCAUCAAGAGACACGGGGUGAACUAUGUGCAGGACACAUACAUGGUGGACUCUUCCUCCUCCUCAUCCUCCUCGGAGGCUCCGGCUUCCUCGGACUGUAAGCGGCAGGACGCGCGGUGCACGGCGGAGUCGGUAGCACAGUUCGAGGAGUACGCGCGCCGCUGCGAGGAGGUGGUGCGGCUGCAGGAGGAGCUGACAGAGCGCGAGGCGCUCGUGGACAGCAUCACCGGGGAGAUCCAGGAGGAGCUCAACCGGCGGUGGAUGAAGCGGCGGCGCGGCGAGAGGGGAGCGGACUCAGCGAAGGACGCGGGCGGCGUAGCGGAGGAGCCAGAUGUGGACAGCUUGUCCGAGGACGAGUUCGCUCUGGAGGAGGAGAGGAUCAAGACGCAGCUGGACACCAGCCUGUACAUCGGCCUGCGGCUGAAGACGGACAUGGACGCCAUCAGGGGGGACUUGGACCUGAGCAUGGCCCUCUGGGAGACCAGGGAGAGUGAACUUCUGGACCUGCUGGCCAAAGUGGAGACCAUGGAGAUAGAGCAGGUGGACAGUGCACUGACUGGGGAUGGCGAGGCGGAGCCAGGCGCGGCAGGCGCCAAGGCCGAGCCGGCGUCGGUGGAGAAGAGCAGCGUCUGGGUGGAGCAGGCCAGGGGUCUGUCCAAGGCCUGCAGCACAAACGACGAGGACUCGGACACGGGUCUGAGCUCCAUGCACAGCCAGGACUCUGACAACCCACCUGUGUGCGAGUCACUUGUGUAGAUUCGCUUUUAUUUGCAAGUGUUGGACUUUUUAUGCAAUGGAGAGCCACAAACUCAGGGGCAGAGAGAGUCAGUGUUGGCAAUACAGGGGAGAUUUGUUCCUCCCUACCCACAAUGCACCACAGCACGGACACUGUAAUUCUAUAGCAAUAAUUCCUAUAUGUAGUUGCACAAUAAGCUAGGAGGGACGGCAUGCUUGGAGAGGUUUUGUAGGCCGUGUUUCUCCAUUGCUGACCUUUGACCUCCACAAGGAGAGUCAACAGAAAUACCACUAAUUAAGAGAAAUAGCUAGAGCGUUAUGAUAAACCACUUAUAAUCUGUAGUCUGCAGCGAGAAAACUAACUUUAGAGUAAACUCUAUCACAGGUUUACAAAGAGUUAAUGACAGCUUGCUUUUUUUUUGUCAGGAUACAGUCUGAUUUUCUGCUGAAGCCACUGAAAGGUAUACAGCUGAGUGUUGUACUCUGUGAACGGUCCUUUAAAAGGUCAUCAUCAAGUGCACCUUAAUGCACCGCAAACAUGCUUUGAAAGCUCUUUUUCAGUCGAACAAAUGCAAAAGUUUACCGCAGCCUCUUCAGAAUCAGAUUUAUAGCCGGUCAAAUACCAGAGCUACUGCUAUUCGUUUUUGGAAAACACUUUGUGGAUUGCCCUGCGACCCUUAACUGGAUAAGCAGGUUACGGAAAAUGGAUGGAUGGAUGGACUUUGUGGAUUGGCGUUGAAACACUGAUUCUUAUCCUGCGGGCUAAGCAGAGCAGAUCGCUUUGGCGUUGUCCUCAGUGUGAAUAGUGUCCAUCUUUAAAGCACAAAAAGCCCUAUUUAUUUAAUGUUAAGAGCUGAGUCAUCUGAAAAACAUCUGAUGCUUACUUUUUGUCAUCUCAGCUGUUUCAUUAUGCCAUUUCAUUGUUGUUUUAAAGCAGUGGUCCUCAACUUUUUUGGGGCUUUUGGCCCUUUAAAACAAAACAGACCCCUCAUCAGAAGUUACGUAUCUCUAUGAGCUGUGAAUAUUUCAAGCAAGCAAAGACUAAUUUAUUGAUCAGAUUGUUUAAAUUGAAUAACUAUAGAGACAAAAAAAUGAAUAUCCUAAAACAUUUUUUCAUCAUCACACAAUUCUUCAGAUUUAUAUUUUGACUGCCUUCCAGAGGUUACAAACUCAAAGUUGGAAACCACUGGUUUAAAGCAGGUAAUAAGUAAAUUCAGCGCGUUAUCCUCCUGGUGAAACAGCUGUGUUUAAAGGGACACUCCAGCUAUUUAGUGUUUCACUCCCAUAAAUGUGAAGUACUCACAAGAGACAUAUUAAAAAAAGAAUGGUUGAAAUUGAAGCAGCGCAGACUGAGAUAUCUUGAUUUUUAGUUCCUAUUAAGGUUUCAAGCCCCCCAAAACACCGGUUUCUACAUUUCUCAUAAUGCAACUGUAUCUUUAAUUAGUCCCAGGGCUUUCUGUUAAAAAUGUUAAAUCUGAAGUCAAGGCUUUAGGUGAACAUGAGAUAACUCUGGUGAUGUUUCAAACUUUGGAGAGCUGUUUUACUCAUGACAAGUAAACAAAACAUCAGUUUGGAGGUUCUGAUGGUGGCUUUUUUCCCCCAAAAAGCAUCUUACUUAACCGUAAUCAAUGAGCAGAAAAGAAAAGCUUCUUGUUCACAUAAAGUUCAAAACAAGGAAUUACUUCCUCUAUAAGAAGGGAGGCUUUCUCCGAUUGUUCAAGUGAUUGUGUAAGAAAAACAAACACAUCUACAGAUAACAGAUUAUAUCUUUCUCGUUUGAUUAACAAAUGUGUUUAACAAUAUAUGGGGAGACAGGAAGUCCAGAAACAUAUCGAUUACCAUUGGACAGCAUGUGUUUUUGGCCUCCUUGGCUUUUCAUACCUAACUCACUUGAUGAUUCAGUGUUUUAUCUAAGUCUAGUCCAUCUGUGAGUACAAACACCUGUAAGAUUGAAUUUUUAAGAUGCUUUCGGGAGAAAUGACCCCAUUUAUACAUCCCACAGUCCCUGUCUCUCUGAACACUGUGACAUUAAGGGGAACUAUUUUAAGCCUCAGUUCACUUUUACAUCCUGAAAAAAAAGUUAGCUUCCCGGUACACCCUUCCAGGAACAGAGCAGCAGAAAAUAAUAACAGAAGCUAGCAGAAAACAUUAUUUUCCAGAUUGUCCUUGAACUAAACCUCUCUGUGUUUUUGUCGGGCUGUUGUGAUGUCAAGUUUUAAAUGGUUGACUUUGUCUAACUGUAAAACGUUGAGAAUGAAUAACCUUGUAACACCUAGAAGACACUGAUGAUACCUGUAUCUGUGGAGUUAGCUGUUAGCUGUAUCCAAAUACCAAAAUGUGUUGCUAAUUUAUAUGUGUCUUGAUCAGGCACAGUUUUUGGGGCCUCUCGGUCCUCGACAUCCAGCCUGCUAGCUGGCUCUAGAUCAGCAUCUCUUGUGGGGGCCACAGCGAGAGUACUCAGACGCACUGUGGCUUCAUCGUAACGCCAGUCAGCACAUUAUCUCACAUGACUGUUAGUGUUGAAAU